GGAUUACGACACGGAGGAGCGGAUAUAUAUAACGAGCCCUUUUAGGAGGUACUUGCACACUUUUCAAUGACACAUCUUAACAUUCGCACCUAUGGACUUAAUUGUUAUCAGAUAAGGCAACCAAAACAACUAUAGCAUGAAAACGGGUUAUGCGUCAAAUCGAUAGAUAGGCUUAAGUACAGAGAAAACCCACUAGGACGCACCUUCCUCGGUUUAUUGCUGUCCUACAAUAAAAUCGUUUUAAGAGGCGACUCUAUUGGAGUAGUUGCAUAUCAUUGGUACCUUUGCAAGGUAAGGAAACAGGUUGUGACAAGCAACAUUUCAGAGGGUAGAGAAGGGGAUACCGCGAGCAGAAAGUUAUAUAGCCUGACAAGUCAUCAUCAUGCCGAGGUAUAACUUUUUGCUGUGUUUGAUGGUUUAUAUUUGUCUGGGACUGUCUGGGAGUGACGAGCCUAAUCUUUUUUUGCCACCAACGAGCGAGACUCCCACGGACGACGGGCUUUCGCUCCUCGAUGAAGAAGCGGGCGCUCAUGGAUGUUCCGCAUGCGUUUGGCGAGAGCAAAGUAAAGUCCUGAGGCUGGAGACCAUCAAGUCUCAGAUCCUGAGCAAGCUGCGGCUCAAGCAGGCUCCUAACAUUAGUAGGGAGGUAGUGAACCAGCUGCUCCCCAAGGCACCCCCACUCCAGCAGCUUCUGGACCAUCACGAUUUCCAGGGAGACGCGUCCUUUCAGGAUGAGUUUAUGGAGGAGGACGAAUAUCACGCCACGACGGAGUCCGUCAUCACUAUGGCCUCCGAGCCGGAGCCCUUGGUGCAGGUGGAUGGCAAGCCUAGCUGCUGCUUCUUCAAGUUCAGCCCCAAGCUCAUGUUCACCAAGGUUCUGAAGGCUCAGCUGUGGGUGUACCUACGGCCGCUACAGCAGACCUCCACCAUCUACCUGCAGAUCCUCAGGCUGAAGCCCGUCACGGAGCAGGGCAGCCGCCACAUCCGGAUCCGCUCGCUGAAGAUCGAGCUCAACUCCCGUGUGGGCCACUGGCAGAGCAUCGACUUCAAAAACGUGCUGCAGAACUGGUUCAAGCAGCCGCACACCAACUGGGGGAUCGACAUCAACGCCUUCGAUGAGAGCGGCAACGACCUAGCAGUGACCUCGCUAAGACCGGGGGAGGAAGGGCUGCAGCCGUUCCUGGAGGUUAAGGUUCUCGAGACGACCAAACGUUCCCGACGUAACCUGGGACUGGACUGUGACGAGCACUCCACUGAAUCCCGCUGCUGCCGCUACCCGCUAACGGUGGACUUUGAGGCUUUCGGCUGGGACUGGAUCAUCGCUCCCAAGCGCUACAAGGCCAACUACUGUUCGGGCCAGUGCGAAUACAUGUUCAUGCAGAAGUAUCCACACACCCACCUGGUACAACACGCCAACCCCAGAGGCUCAGCAGGGCCCUGCUGUACCCCCACUAAGAUGUCGCCCAUCAACAUGCUCUACUUUAACGACAAGCAGCAGAUCAUCCACGGCAAGAUCCCUGGCAUGGUGGUGGACAGGUGUGGCUGCUCUUAGACCCAACGGAAGUCAUGCAUAAUCGUGCACGCCUAACUCCACAUCAUUUCCACCCAAAACCCUGACUAAGCGCUCCUCUGGCACCAGACUUUAUCCCCCUUCUCACUCCGCCACAAAAAAAUCCCAUGGGACCUCCAUUCUCUUAGUUAUUCAUUUUAGUCAAACGUAAAAAUGAAAUAUGAAAUGAAGAUAGGACUGAGGCUGAGUGGUAGAAAUAUAUAUUGAAUAUUAUAAAGGGGAUGUGUCUGUGGAGCAGCUUGAGAAACUUAUGGUAAAUAAGACAAAACUAUGUUUUAGGUGUUUGUUCGUUUUGUGGUUGGUUUUCUUCAAAAAAAAGUUUGAAAGAAAAUGUCUAUCAGGUUUUUUGAAAAGAUGGUGUCUUUGUUGAAAUGUCCUGGAUAGUGGAUCCAGGCUGAUGGAGGGAGACAUUCCUAAGCAGUUACAGUAUAUUAUCAUUUCCCCACAUCUUUACUUCCAAGCAAAUUCAGUUCUGAGGUGAGGGGCCAAACUGUUUUAUCUGUGUAAAAAAUGCUUUAUUCACAUAUUAUACUCCUAUCAAUGGGAUUUGUUUCACAACCAAGACAUUUAUAGACAGUGCCAAUAGAGGGGGACUUUGUCUAAUAAUUACCAGUGCUAUUGUGCAAUGCUUCAUUUUUAGCAUCUUUGUCAUUACAAAACAAAUCUCCCUUACUUGUCUACUUUUAGACUUAAAAGUUUAUGAAAUUAAUCCAACAUUUUAUGAAACUAAUGUUCUAAAGGUUUAAAGUGUUGAGAUCCAAAGCCAAACACUGUGCCCUUUGAACCCGUUCACAGUUAUUUUGAGAAAAAUAAGAAAAUAAAUGAGUUAGUUCACUACCUUUAAAGGGGCAGUGCAGUCAAACACGUGAUUUCCCUAUGUUUUAUAUUAUUACCACACUGAGGUUGGAAUAAUAUUGUGAAAACUAUGAUAAUACCCUUUUAGUGUAAGAGCUGUUUGAAAAGGCCGCCUGGCAACACCUGGUGAUGUCGCCAGGCGGUAUGAGUUAAUAAACCAAUAACAGAGAGUUUGCCCUCCUCUCUGACAAUGGGCAAGUUCAUUUUGCCUGGCCCGGUGCCCCGUGUAGGUGGAGUUUGUACAUUUUAGACCAUUCCAUUGGUCCUUACGUGAAAUCUCCAGCCACCCGGGGCACCGAGGCAGGCCAAACGAACUUGCCCAAUAACAGCAAGUUUUCAGGUUACAUGUCCUUCCCAUUAGCCUCCUCCAAUUAGGCUCCUCACUCAGACCACUCAAAUUCCUUCUUGAGAAAUAGCUAUUUUUGUUUAUUUUGAAUAUUUCAAUUGAAAACAAUCACAGUAAGGUACUUAAUUGAUACCAAUAAAAUAUUGGAAAUUGAGAUAAAAACACCUGCAAUGGACCUUUAAAAGUGAACAGUUGUAAUACACAUUCUGUUUUACUGCAGAAGCUCAUAACAGCUCAGGUGACCUCAAUAUCAACCUGCACACAAUGUUUAGAUGAACUAAGACAAACAUGUCAAAGCUACACCCAUAAAACCUUCUGGUUGGUCUAGGGCACGCAAUUUUAGAAUUCAAGAUUUGGCUUGUUAGAUUUUUGUAUAGCCCAUCUUUGGAUAUCUAUUACAUAUCAACUAAAUCAAGAAUUUAAAAUCAAGAAUAUGGGAAUCAUGCAAGGGUGCCAGUUUACACUACUGUAAUUGUCAGAUUAUUUUGUAUGGAGUAAAUUCACAGUGAAAGGGAAUCCCACAAGUACAUUGACUAACCUGGUCCACAUGACUAUAGCCUACUUAGGCGGUGUUUACACAGGCAAGCAAAUUCUGAUCUUUUCCCCACUAAUUGGUCUUUUAACCACUCACAGAUCUUUUUCAGAAUGGACCUGAUUGAUCAGAAGAGAGAUUAGUGAAAAAAAGAUCAGACUUGGGCUACCUGUGUAAACGCAGCCUUAUAUACUUCUGUCGUUUUCACUCUGCACACUGUGCAUUUACCAUUCCCAUUUACACAAACAAACCUAAUGAUCAGAGGACCAAAUUUAUUCUGACAAGUUGCUAUGGUGUGAAUGUUAAGAUGGUCGUGGCAAAUAACACAACCUUGUGUUGGAAAGAAAAUCAAAUGCCUGAUUGACAUAGGCCUUCAUACUAGUAAGUAAAGGGAAGAAGAGCUAGAUUGUGAGUCAUAUAGAAAAUAAGGAACAUUGAUACGGACAAGAAUACAGCUGAAAUGCCAUUUCUAGUUUAGAGAGAACAUAUAUUUUGAUUGAAUAUCUCAAUGCCCCCACCCCCCACCUCAACUGCAUCUGUAACAUGCAGUAAAUAUUGGAAGUGCUUGAACAGAGUGUAGAUUAGAAAGUCUGUCUUGUCUCCUGGAUGUCAAAGCGAAGAUAUCCCUUUGUUAAAAACGAAAGCACUAUGCUGUUGGAUAAAGGAAGAGCCUUCUGACAUUAUAUAUAAAUAAUAUAUGUAUAUAAUAAAAAGGGGUACAAAAAAUACUUUCUGGGCACUACCUUACCAACAAUAAAUUUUGCACUAUGGGACGUUCAUGGCGUGAGGAGUCGUGUUGUUUGUAUUUUACCUUAUCGAGCACAAGAGCUUUUACAAUUGAAAAAAGAACGGUCCAAGCGUCUGGCGAUACACCAUGUGGAUAGACUAGUGAGCCUUUCACUUCUUUUGUUACCAUCACACUUUCAUGACUUCCUUUUCGUCUGAAGCGGAGGCCUGUCCAUAUUCUCACGCUCCUCUUACACUCAUCUCAGAAACCUGGACUGACCAGCGGCCAAAAGGCCUCCCGGGGUGAUAAGUCGUGUGUUACAAGUGUCUGGACCGAUGAACAUAGAACGCUUUAAACUGGAAAUGCCCCUCCGUCAACUUCAAUCAAUCUGUCAUCAACUCUGAGAGACUUUUGUCCUUUUGAAUUUGAGCGACUUGUGUUGACAGUCUAACCACAGACAUGUUUUGCCUUUGUGUGUUUUGAGUGAAAGUGCCCAUAUUAGAAUGGGAAAAAGUAUCCAGGGAUCGUUAGCCAAAGUAGAGGAUGAUAUGUGUGCUGUAACUUUUGUAACUGCAGGAAUAUAUAUGCUAAACAAUUUCAAAGGAAGAAAAAAAACGUGGUAUGGGCAGCGGUUGGAAACAAUUCAACUGGUCAAGUGUCUCUGUAUUUAUUAAGAUCAAAUCAAUGAAUUUCAAAGUAUGUCUACCUCACUUCAGCAUUCUGUUAUAAAUUUGACAGUUAAGUUUUGUUAUGAGUUAAUCUGUGCAAACUUGUAACCUGGAUAGUAAACCCAAAAAAGUAGACUAAAGCCACAGGGUCACCUUGGUCUCAAGUCAAGAUUGAGUAAUUGACAGCUGAGUUCAAAAGAGUGACUGAAGCAAAUAGCUAAAGGUAAUGUAUACUGACAAAAGAAGAAGAAAAUGGCUGUGCCCAGGACCAUGGCUGAACUCUGGUUAAUGCUGUGGAUAAAGUUGCAUUUUGAAUUUUUGUGUCUGUAUACUGGUAUGUGUAAGAAAGUGUUUUCAUAUAUAUAAAACUAUGAGAGGAAAUCUCUAUGUAAAUAAAUACCCAAAUGUUGACAUUUUAUGUUUUGGACAGGUUCUCCGCUUCCGUUUUUGCCAACUUUCUUUUGCUUUCAUUUGUUCAUCAUGUUGUAUAGAUAAAAUUCACCCCAACAUUGUAGUUUAAUGGUUGUGCAUAUUAAUAAUUGUUCCAUUGUUUUUUCUUUUUUUGUUAUUUGUUUUCUGUCUUAUUUUGUACAAUAAAUCAUUUAUUUAGCUUUACGAAAUUCACGGCUGAUUGAUUGACCUUUCCCUGUGUUUCUCUGGCUACCCCUACCCUAGCCCACUGCCACACCUUACUUGUGGCAUUUACAGCUCCUAACUUAUAAACACACCUGUCAUGGGUCACACAAAAUGCAUUUAAGAGGUCAGGUACUGCCUGGUGGCAUCCUGACUCUUGGGAUGGGUGAGGGUAACAGGAAACUCUUGACAUGAAUUCUGAGGCUAAUUGGUGGAAGAGAGAGAGGAGGAGAGAAACAGGCCGAAGAGAAAGGUUUAGUGUUGGGAGGCCAUUGUUUAGAUUUUGUACGGGAUCUAGCAUGACCCAAUUAAUAUGUCACCUGCUAGGACGGCCUCUCAUCAACCUAAUUUAGCGAAUCAAUGGGGGACAAAUGAGACUGAACACGGAGCUCUUUACUGAUGCAAAUGCACACAGACCACCCACCCCAGAGAAGAGAACAUUGACGCCAGCAAUGACAUAAACCGUACAACAUGCUCACACAAAAACGUUUCCAAACAAAACAUUCACACCCUCAUCUGCCCAUAAUCACACACACUGAAAAUCAAACUCACCUAUGCACACACAUAGCUAGAUAUUUACAACUCAUUUCUGGCCUAUAUGGACCACUAAAAGCCACAGGGUACCUGUUCUCAGUCAAUGUCGUCUUCAAUGAAAAACAGUCAAACUAGUAGCGUACAGAUCAUUUGAGGGCGGGGGGGAGAGACCUCAACGUCAUGCUGCCAAAGGACAAUCAGAUCCCCUCAGGUAAGC